AUGAAUAAUAUAGAACCCUCUCAACUUUUAACAACCUUAAUUACAAAUUAUGCAUUAGAUGAUAAUACAAUAGAUACAAAUGUACCGUUUAUAUUAGAAACAAUAACACAAUACCAGCUUUUAAGAAAUGUAGAAGAACAAAUGAUAUUACAUAAAUGGUGUACUCGACUAAAUUCUUUGUUACAAUCUAAAGUUAUGAAAGCGAGAUGGGCAGGAAUCUGUUUUAUUAAAAUUUCUUUUGAACAAUCUGAAGAAAUAUUUAUACAAAACCUACAAAGUUGGGCGACAACAUUAAUGACUUUACUUACAAAACCAGAACCAACACUUGUGUUAAAAGAAAUUAUAAUAACAUUAACGGAAUUAUUUAAUAAAACACAAAACAAACCAGAAUUACAGAGAGAAAUUACAACACAACAAUUACCAAGAUUCAAUUCGUUUUUAAUAAAGUUAUCAGGAUUAAAUAAGAAACUAUUACCUACAAUAUUUAAUGCAUUAUCACUUUCGGUUAAAUAUUUCCCAUCAAUAUUUCGACCUGUUAAUGAACCAUCUCAAAAAUUGUGUUUAAGUAUAUUAUUAGAUGGUACUCAUGAUUAUGAAUCAGAAUUAACCAAAAUGGCUGUCAAAUGUUUUUCUUUUAUCAUUAAUUUUGGUGGUAAAAUGAAUAAUAAUACGCAUUAUUGGAAAUUAAAUUUAAGUAAAGUUGUUGGAUCUUUGAAUAAUACCUUGGAUAAAUUGUUUGAUACCAUUGAUGAAGAAAAGGACGCGUCAAAGAAACUGGCGGGAUUUGAGAUGCCUCAAGUGUCAGAAAAUUAUGUUAUCGCAUUUCCAAUGUUAUUCUCAAGAUUUCAUUGUUUAAGUAUUCCAUCAUUAUUCGUGCAUUGUAAUAAAAUUCUUUCUGCUGUAAUUUUAAGCGUCGGUGAACACUUGAUACUUCAUUUACGUAUAAUUUCUUCUAUCCUCCUUAAACUUCUCAACAACUCAAAAUCAAGUUGGUUACUUAGAGUGUCAACUUAUAAUUUAAUAGAUCUUUGUAUACAAAAAUACGGAAUCAGCUUAAUCAAUCUUAUAUCAUCGACAUUAUUAUCCUUUGUAAUUGAUGAUAUAAAAAUCAUACAAAAAUCUCCGUAUGAUAUCUCAAUUAGUGUUGAAACCACCGAUCAUACUAACAAGCAAAAGAAAUCAGGUAAGAAGAAAUCAUCAUCACAAAUAACAAAUUCUGACGUAUUUGUUAAUUUAAGUGAGAUGACAUGCUCACAAACGAACGUAGACGUCCAAUGCGCUUCAUUAGAAGGUAUUUAUAUCUUUUUUCUUCCUCUUGCUCGUUUACCACCUCUUGAACUAUCCUCUGUCAACACACUGAUUCAACAACAACAAAAAACAACUUCAAAGAUAGUGGAAAGUACGAUUAACAAGUUAGACGUUGAUGUUUAUAAAAAUACAAAUAGGAAUUUAUUCGGUGAUAAUAAUAUAUUGGAAGUAGUCAGUAAAAGUGAUGAUAUCCUUACAGGUAAUCGAAGUAAUCGAAUUAAAAUUCAUGAACAAUCUACUUCCUCAGAAAUGAUAGUAAAUCAAAAGAAAAGAAUGCGUUCCCCUUCUCCCGUUGGCAUAGAAAAAGAAAUAUCUAAGGAUCAUGAAAAUAUUUAUAAAUCUUUUAGAAUGUUUAAAGAAGAUGAUUCUGAUGAUGAUAUGGAAAUACCUGAAAUUAUAAUGGAAGGACCUGAUUCUGAAUUUGAAGAUGAUGAAUAA